AGGCGCGGAGAAGCCUGGGUAGGACAGGGAAAGCGGCGGGAGAGCAACAUAUCUAUCCGCAAAUUUAAUAAAGCCUGGUAAACGUUAUAAUCAAUAUUAACCGAGUGAGUAGUGUGUAUUUAGUCGUAUUAAUAAGGCUUAGAUUUGGUCAAAUUAAAGGUGUUUGGCAGAUAAUACCGUGACUCCGAGAACUGCUUGUGUUGCAAUAUUGCUUUUGAAGCAUUCCCCGGGAAACUGGUUUGAACGUUUGUUUUUGGCUAGCCCCCUUUUUGCGCUUCAGCAACAAUGGCGAAGGUACAGGUGUUGAAUGUGGCUGUUUUAGAUAACCCGAGUCCAUUUGGAAACCCGUUUCAGUUUGAAAUAACCUUUGAGUGUAUGGAGGACCUCCCCGAAGACCUGGAAUGGAAGAUCAUCUAUGUUGGUUCAGCAGAGAGUGAAGAGUAUGACCAAGUCCUUGACUCCGUAUUGGUUGGCCCAGUACCUGCUGGGAGACAUAUGUUUGUGUUUCAGGCUGAUGCCCCCAACACUGGAUUGAUCCCUGAAAGUGAUGCUGUUGGUGUGACUGUAGUGCUGAUUACCUGCACAUACCGUGGCCAGGAGUUCAUUCGCAUUGGUUACUAUGUGAACAAUGAAUACACAGACCCAGAGCUUCGUGAAAAUCCACCGAACAAGCCAGACUACACACAGCUCCAGAGAAAUAUUCUGGCAUCAAAUCCACGUGUUACCAGAUUCCAUAUAAACUGGGAAGGUUGUGCAGAGCGAAUGGAAGACUCUGAAAAUGUGGAUCCCACGUCAAACUCCAUGCUUCCUCCAUCCUGUCUCCCAGGCAAGGCCCCACCGUUGGGGAUUCUACCAGAUAACUCUAUGGACUGCUUAUAGAGACGACCCCUGCCCCAAAGGUGAUAACUCACAGCACGAGACCUUAUUUUUGAGGAAUGACUAUGGACAUUCUAGUGUGGAUAUACAGACAUCUUUGCCUUACAGCUGCCCUUUAUUUACCUGAAGCUUGUCAAAAAGGAACUCUCACCUUGGCAUUCAGAUGAGGAAGAUUAUGAACGUUUCACUGGUAUACUCAUCACUUAUAGAUGGGGGAUCAUUGCCAUGACGUUAUGAGCAAUAUUGGAAGUAGUUUAACUCAUGGAAGGAAAAACUGUAACUAUGAAAAUAUAAAGCUGAACUGAGACAGAACAGAAAGCUGAUGUGUGAUUCACCUUCCUUGCUUUUGUUGGUGCAAAACUGAUUUGUACCCAUUUAAGAGGAUUUUAUCACUGAAGCAAUAGGCAAAUAAACUGCAAUAUGUUGCUGUACAGGAAUUUGAUAAUCUGCCUUUAUGUUUGUGUUCUAAUUCUUUUGCACUUAUACUUUACUCCACCUAGAUUGUGGAGUUUUUGUAUGGGCUUUGUAUGGGCUAUGUCAAGUCCUCUGUGUUUUUUGUUGCAAUUUUGGGUUCCAAAAUAAAAGGACAUUGCAUUUGUUAUGUA